AUGGCGACUUCAACUUCGUCUUUUCUCGCCGACAAUGCGGGCGACGAGGAUCCUACACCAGACUCGAGCCUUUAUGCCGCCGACGAGGGCGAAUUCUCGAUAAUACCCCCUCAAAACUUCUCACAAGACCUCUCUGCAGGAGAUGCUGCGCCCGAUGCCAAGGUUAAAGCCCCGCUUCCCAUGCAAAAACGGCGCAGGGUGACCCGUGCAUGCGAUGAAUGCCGGCGCAAGAAAAUCAAAUGCGACGGAAAGCAACCCUGCACUCAUUGCACUGUCUACAGCUAUGAAUGUACCUACGAUCAGCCCUCGAAUCGACGCCGCAACCCCGCACCGCAGUAUGUCGAAGCGCUGGAGAACCGGUUGCACAAGGCCGAGGCCCUCCUGCAUGUCGUUCUUCCCGACCUUAAUCUCGAUGACCCCCAAUUCGAUGUGCAUGCAACCGAGCAGUUAUUACAAGCAAUCAAACGAGAAAAGCUGCAGCAACAGCCUUCAGCCCAGCCUCCGCCUCCGCCGCAACCUUCGGACACAAACGGUUCCGCGGAUGCUCCGGGCCCGGACGGCGCGGGGGCUGACGAGUCCUUACUCGAGUCAAUGGUCGACAAUACUGGAUGUCUCGACCUAGACGACCAGGGUCACUGGGAUUACCACGGUCAUACGUCCGGUAUCAUUUUCCUUCGUCGGUUGCGGAAGCAGCUCGGCGUUCACCAGCAGCCAGGGACGGCGGAGAUACCCCUGCGCACACGGCCCGGCCUGCAGCAGUUCCUCGAGAGCCCCAAGUCCAUGUCCGAAUCUCCGCAGGAACCAUCCUUGCCUCCGACACACGAUUUGCCACCCCGCGACGUUGCACGACGUUUGUGUCACAACGCCAUAGAGGAUGGCUGUUCGAUUAUACGUUUCGUGCAUGAGCCGUCGUUUUAUGCGAUGUUCGAUCGAAUCUACGAUACCCCUCCGGAGCAAUUCACGAAUGAAGAAAACUCCUUCCUGCCACUACUCUACAUUGUCAUGUCCGUCGGCUGUCUAUUUUCCGACGAUGGGGCUGGGACCCUUGACGUCUGUGGAUUUCAAUAUUUUAAAGCUGGUCGACAGUUGUUGGAGAUUACUGAUUGCCGCGACCUUACAUCGUUACAGGCAAUUUGCUUCAUGGUGUUGUUUCUGCAAUCAUCCGCAAAGCUAAGCACCUGCUAUUCAUAUGUCGGAAUCGCCUUGCGCUCUGCCUUACGACUAGGCCUACACCGUUCAGUAGCUGCGGAUUUCAACCCCAUUGAGCGCGAACUGCGCAAACGCAUAUUCUGGGUCAUUCGAAAAAUGGAUGUCUACGUGAGUACGCUGCUCGGUCUUCCACAGAUGCUCAGCGAUGACGACAUCGACCAAGAGUAUCCGAUGCCGGUUGAUGGAGAGUUUAUUACCGUAGACGGAAUUCUGCCGACCCCGGAAGGUCGGAUACAUGCAAUGCAUGGUGCUAAUGCUCACACCCGACUGUCCAACAUUAUCCUGAAGAUCGUGAAAUACAUUUAUCCUCUCAAAACUGCUCAGCAGCGGUCAAAGUCGGACCAACGCUAUGUCGUGAGCCAUUCCAAGAUUCGAGAGAUUGAGCGAGACCUGCAAAGUUGGAUGGAGGAGCUCCCAGCUGCCUUGCGACCGGGAACCGAAGUAUCCCCCCAAAUCGAACGGAUACGGCAACUUUUGCGUAUCAGCUAUGCCCACGCGCAAAUGGUCAUGUAUCGACCUUUUCUUCACUACGUCUCCAGCGGCUCCCAAGCGCGAGGCGUCGACAGGCGGUCUUAUGCCUGUGCCGCUGCUUGUGUGAGUGUAUCGCGGAAUAUCGUUCAUAUCACCACCGGAAUGCAUAAGAAGGGGCUUCUUAACGGGUCCUUUUGGUUUACCAUGUACACUACUUACUUUGCGAUCUUGUCGUUGCUUUUCUUCGUUCUCGAGAAUCCCGAUUCGCCAACGGCCAAAGACGGUGUCCUCAAGGACGCUAUGGAAGGUAAAAACACUCUUGCUGGGCUUGCAAAAAAGAGCCUUGCGGCCGAUCGUUGCUCGCAAAGCCUCAACAGCCUUUUCAAGAAUCUGCCUGAACUACUUAAGAACCGACAGAGCUCAAAGGUUCAGGUCAAUUUGAAGCGCCCAGCCCCGUCCAAUAAUCAACCAACUCGCGCACCCGAGUUGAAACCCCCUCAGCGGGCAAGUACUUUCCCGAUUCAAUUGCUUACCCGGCCUUCCAAGCUGGAGGCCAGCAAUAUUCCCAAGAGCCUGGAUGACCACCACGCACCGCGCUCCCCAGCACCAAAAGCGCGAGGUAGCCAUCUGCCCACCUGGGUAAAAUCACCUGCUGAAGCUCCUUCGAGUGCGGCCUCGACGCCACCCGGUUCCGCCGCACCACCAGAUCUUGCACCCACCUCGUCCAGUACACCAGCAAUGUCACAGGUUCUCCCUAUCAGGGAGCCUGCUACAGGGCAAUUCAACGCUCAGCAAAUGCCCAAUACCACUGGCUUUCCUGACCUUAUGCCUAUCAUGUUCCCAUCAGGUGACCCGUUUGCGUAUCCCGCUCAACCCAUGUCAACGCUGGAGGACGACCACUUCCGUUUUGACGAGCCUGGCGUGACCACUACAGCGCCGUUUACUACCGGAAUUCCGACAACUGCGGACCAAAACAUUGGCCCUAUGAACCUCAGUAGGGCCCAGAUUGACAGCCUUGCGGGGUUCCCCAUGUUCCAAAGCGGGUCCCAGUCAAGCAUGAGUGCGGCACUCUCGGGUCAGCUUUCAGCGUCGCAAGCUUCGCAGCUCCAGUCUCCCGCAUCGCAUGGGUCCACGCCCGGUGAGGCCGUCAACAGCCCAGAUCUUGUGUCGAUACCGAAUCAGAAUUUCAUCUGGCAAGGCUACGGGUUCGACCAACAGCCAAACUUUGCACCUGACGCGUCCGGAAUGCAGCAGAUGCCGACAGGGAAUGAGCAUAAUUUUGGCAUGGCGCUGGACGACAGCGGCUUCAAUGUGGGUCUCGAUCUUCCGGGUGUGCCGCUGGACGACAUCUUCGGUAACCAAGACGUGAAGCAAGGGCUCCCUAAUGACGAAUGGAUCCAAUGGAUGAACAUUGGGUAG